AUGCGUUUAGAGCAUUUGAUUGAUACGGCAACAUUAAGAUUGUUGAAUGAAGGAGAUUUUGAGAGCAUUGUCAAACCUAUAGGGUUGAGAGUGAAAUUGAGAGAGAAUUGGAAAAUAUGGACCGACAAUCUUAAUAAAGCUAGUCAAUCAGUGAUGAGUGAAAACCUUGAUAUUGGUGAUAUACCUAUAGUACUAGAUAUUGCCGAUGAUCUAAUAACAGGCCCUGACGGUUUUACAAAUCAAGGUGAUAUUCAGUCAUUAACGCAAGUUGCGGAAAAUUUGACAACUCCAUCCUGUGGUACAGAUAUCGGCGUUUCGCUGCAGCCAGAUUUCGUCAAAACUGUUCUGAAUGCUUCUGUUGACGGCCGGGCAAUACUAGCUGCAGGCAAACAAAAUAAUAUACUCAAAGAAGCGCAGAGAAAAGAACUAUCUAGGCUUCUAAUCAGGCAAAUGCUGGCCAAUGAUCCAGCUUACAAAAUACAGAGCGUGACUUUCACCCGAAUCGCCCUUCAAAUAGUUUCCAUAUUCUCUAAGGAGUCUGCCUCUCUUUACUUCGCUUCAUCUCUAGCUGCGUCUAAAUAUCAGAAGAAGAAAAACGCCAGCGGCGUUUUAUAUGAAGCGUAUAUUUCGCGACGCAGGAAACUAAGAGAAUUAGGUGUACUUCCUCGAGGAAGAUCAAGGAGUAGCUCAUCUACAUCCUUGAGGCAAGAUUCUCCUAGACCAUCAACAUCGAGGGGUCCGGAACCAGAAGAGAAUUCUAUACUCGACGAACAUUUGAAGUGGCUAGCCAACAGUGUUGAGCCGUGGGCCCUGGUCGAACUAUACUGGAAGGAGACAGCUGCUUUUCGACUUAAACAAAUUGAAAUAGAGAGAGAGAGUAUUUCUGAGUACUUUAAGAGAUACCCAGUACUCAAGCAACAUCAGGGUUAUAAAUUGCUACUGGAAGAUUUUACAAUUUUAUAUCCUGAUACCGAGAAUCACUUAUACAGUAACGUGAUCAAUUUUAAAGAAAGUUUGGUCAAUCUAGCUGUAGAGCGGAAGCGCAGCUCGAGAGAUCCAGAAUAUAGAAGGCAGUUAGAUAUCUACUUAUCGGCGGUAUCUGAGGAACCUGGGAAGAACAAUAGUGGCAUAGCGAUACUUCUCCUGCUGCCUUAUUUAUUGAGUGUACCACCUGCAAUAAAGAAGCAGGGGAAACAAACUUGGAAACCCUCACGAUCCGAGGUAAGGGAUGCUUUCAUAACCCAAGUUCCGACUGAGGCAGACAUACUGCCGACUUUGGAGGCUCGAAAAAAUAAAUAUAAAGGGUUAGGCCGAUCUUUUCAACCUUUGAUUGUCAUUGUUGGUCAAACCUUGGAAGAGGCAAACAGAUUUCAUGUCAUAGUAGAUGACACAAUUUAUAAUUUUACUUCGGCAAUAGGGGCGGUUGACGGGGCUUUCAAAAUUUUUCAUGCAACUGGAGCUUGUUAUCCAGAAGAGGCAACCGACUUGUGGCUUUUGAUCCAAGUCGCUUUCUAUAAGAUAAGAACAAAGUACGAUAGGCUGUCUCAAUCCAUCAAACAUUUGUUGACAGACUUGGGACAACCUUUUGAAUAAUGUUUAAAUGCUAUGGCUGUCACCGAUUAUUUCAGUUGUCCUAUAGAUUAGUGAAACAUAUGAGAUCGCAGUGUGCAUCUUUGGCUGGUACUAGAGAAU